CGUUUUAAGCUUCAUGGACAAAUUACACAUCUUCAUGGAGCUAUCGAAUUAUACCGUGCUGCCCUGCGACUUCUCUCCAACGGCCAUCCCAGUCGCUUCCAGUUUCUGGUUAGCAUUGCGAGUUCCCUUCGAACUCGAUUUGACCAGCAUGGGCAGACUGCAGACAUCAAUGAAGCAAUUGAGCAUUAUCAUGCUGCCCUGCGACUUCUCCCCGACGGCGAUCCCAAUUGUGCCUCGUCUCUGAAUGACCUUGCGAGUUCCCUUCGAACUCGAUUCGACCAACAUGGGCAGAUUGCAGAUAUUGAUGAGGCGAUUGAGCAUUGUCGUGCUGCCUUGCGACUUUUCUCUGACAGCCAUCCUGAUCGUCUGUUACCUUUGACUUCUCUCGCAAUUUCCCUUCGAAGUCGAUUCGAACGGCAUGGACAGACUGUAGAUAUUGACAAGGCAAUUGAACACUAUCGUGCUACCCUGCAACCUCUCUUCGAUGGCGAUCCCCACUGUUACUUAUAUCUGAAUCACCUCGGGAAUUCACUUCGAACUCGAUUUAAACGAUGUGAAAAGACUGCAGACAUCGAUGAGGCGAUUGAGCAUCAUCGUGCCGCCCUGAAACUCCUUCCCGACAGCCAUCCCGAUCGUCCGUUACCUCUGAAUGAUCUUGCGAAGUCCCUUCAAAUUCGAUUCAAGCUGUAUGGGCAGACCGCGGACAUUGAAGAGGCGAUUGGGCAUCAUCGCAGUGCUUUGCAACUCCUUCCCGAUAGUCAUCCCGAUCGUCCCUGGUAUCUAGAUGAUCUUGCGAAUUCCCUUCGAACUCGAUUCAAGCGGUAUGGACAGGCAGCAGACAUUGAUGAGGCAAUUGAGCAUCAUCGUACUGCCUUGCAGCUUCUCCCCGAAGGCCAUCCCAAUCGCUUCCGUCUUCUGGUUGCCGUUGCGAUUUGCCUUCGAACUCGAUUCAAGCAGCAUGGACGAACUGCAGACAUCGAUGAAGCGAUUGAGCACCAUUGUACUGCCCUACAA